AUGACUGUAAACUCAGAUGAAUUUGCUCCUGACAUGGCAGCCCACUGCUCCUAUUCUCCGCUGUGGGGACCUGGUGAAUUCAGACUGGUGGAAGGAACCGGACGUUGUGAGGGAAAACUGGAGAUGAAAAAACAGAACGAAACAUGGAAACCAGUGUGUGAGCAACACUCCAACCUGAAGUUCGCAAACAAAGUAUGUAAAGAACUCGACUGCGGAUCUGCUGUUUCAGCUGGACCAAAAUGGGACUCUGUCAGACUGGUUCAUGGUUCCAAUCUAUGCUCAGGAAGACUAGAGGUCCAGUCUAACCAGUCUUGGUCCUCAGUGUGUGAAGAACAUUUUGACCUUCAUGAUGCCCAAGUGGUCUGUAGGGAGCUGGGCUGUGGGGCUCCUUCAGUCCUCCAGGGGUUCCUCCUUGAAGAAGCUAAGGCUUCUCUGUGGAAGACGUUCCAGUGUGAAGGCAAUGAGUUUGCUCUCCUGGACUGUGGAAAUUCAGUGUCAGAUACCUGCUCAUCUGGAAAAACUGUGGAACUCAUCUGUUCAGACUCUGUCAGACUGGUUCGUGGUUCCAGUCUAUGUUCAGGCAGACUAGAGGUCCAAUCUAACCAGUCUUGGUCCUCAGUGUGUGAAGAACAUUUUGACCUUCAUGAUGCCCAAGUGGUCUGUAGGGAGCUGGGCUGUGGGGCUCCUUCAGUCCUCCAGGGGGCCCUCUAUGAAGAAGCUAAGGCUUCUCUGUGGAAGACAUUCCAGUGUGAAGGCAAUGAGUUUGCCCUCCUGGACUGUGGAAGCUCAGUGUCAGACACCUGCUCAUCUGGAAAAGCUGUGGAACUCAUCUGUUCAGACCCCCAUGAUGUCAGAUUGGUAGGCAGAGCCAGUCGCUGUGACGGUGAAGUACAGGUGAAACACGUCGGAGAAUGGAGACACGUAGAAACCCUUUUUGAUUUCUGGACCGUGAAGGCAUCAGAUGUGAUAUGUCGUCAGCUGAACUGUGGCUCUGCUGUGUCUGUGAGCCUUGAAUAUCGCUCAGACUACGUACCUGUAUGGGGCAUUGAACCUGCCUGUGUUCACUCCACAUCUGUACUGAGGGACUGUGUGACAAGAUAUGAUCAUUCCUCGCCUUUCACCCUGUCCAUUACCUGUUCAGACUCUGUCAGACUGGUCAACGGUUCCAGUUUGUGUUCCGGCAGAUUAGAGGUCAAGACUAACCGGUUCUGGUCCUCAGUAUGUGAAGAACAUUUUGACCUUCAUGAUGCCCAAGUGGUCUGUAGGGAGCUGGGCUGUGGGGCUCCUUUAGUCCUCCAGGGGGCACUGUACGGACAAGGGAAGGUUCUAUACUGGACGAGUGAGUUCCAGUGUGAGGGCAAUGAGUCUGCUCUGAUGGACUGUGGAAGGUCCAGUUCAGCUGAGAAGACCUGCUCACAUGGAAAAGCCACUGGACUCACGUGCGCAGAUCCAGUCCGGUUGGUGGGAGAGCCGAGUCACUGUGCUGGAACGUUGGAGGUCAAACACCAGGGAGAAUGGAGACCAGUGAUAGAACGGACUGAUCAAGAGGACCUGAGGUUUGGAUCAGUGUGUCAAAAUCUGGACUGUGGUUCAGUUGUUUCAGUAAAGUUCAGAAAUGAUUUUGCAGCAAGACCUGUGUGGAGAGUCAUAUCUCCUUGUUUAACCCUGACAUCUGGGCUGAAGGACUGUACUGGAGUGAAUAUUUUUCACAAUUACACUUCAGGUGUGGAUUUGGUCUGCUCAGAUCUGCUGACUCGGCCAGUCAUCUCCCUGUCUGACGGGGUCUCAGAGGUCUAUCUGCACGGGUUUCGCUUGCUGAUGGGCUCCGACUUCACCAUCAAAUGCUCUAUUGAACCACAGUACCCAGGCGGCUUCUUCCAGCUGAUCUCCACCACCUCAAAGCCACAAAAUCAGACCCUUCCAGCUGUUAAUCACUCAGCACACUUCUUGUUCUCUGCUGCAGGCUACACCCAUCGAGGAAACUACAUAUGUAUUUAUCAUGUCAACGUUUUCAACCACAACUUCUCCUCAUCUGAGAGCCGAGCCCUCUAUCUUACUGUUGGAGUCUCUAGCACUGAACUGGUUCUCAGGGCCCUGAUCAUCAUCCUGUCUCUGCUUAUAUAUGACAUUGUCCUUUUCUACUACUAUAAGGUCUCCGUGAGGCGGAUCAGACUGAAGGCUGAACGCAACAGGACCUCGAGGAUAAGAACCUGGAGGAGCAACAGGACCGCAAGGAUGAACACCUGAAAAGGGCUUAAAGUCCAAAUUUCCAGCUGACCCAAACACAAUGCCGACAUCUGUAUUUUAUA